AUGGAUGUGGAAAAAGCCGAUACCCACCCCGGUACCCAGGGAAAGGUCCACCGCAAGCCGCAGAAAUUAGCCUCCAAAGGAUCCCGCUCCGCGGGCAAGGCGCCGGUGUCGACCGAGGAGAAGGAAUCAAGCCUGGAGGAGAUUAGUCCUCAGGAGAUGGAAGAAGAGUCACCCGGGCCUCAGGAGCAGAGACAGAGCGUGCCUCCCACUGGAGAGGGAGCGGAAGCGACUGGGUCGGCGCCUUCCCCACAUUCAUCAAUGUUCGCCCAGGGCAAGACGGCGGCGGCUCGAUUGGGGCGCUUCGCCAAGGGUGUCAGAUCAGUGGGAAAUUGGAAGCCUGCAGAUGCGGCGGGGCAAGCCCAAGAAAAGGUCGGCGGGGGUGCGCAGCAAGCCAAGGGAAUGCCAUCUGCUCAAGGAGAGAAGGCUGGCUCCGGUCUGGAUGACGUCCAGGGUAGCCCAAUGAGUCUUGCGAGCCUUGAGGGACUCAGCGUUGAUGAAGGAGGCGUGAUAAUGAGCUCAGCGGGACAACAGAUUGGGGAAGUGGUAGAGGGAGAUCCGGAUGACCUCGUCGGCCAGGUUGUCGGCAAGGAAGGAGAGAUCCUGGACGAGGAUGGUGAUCUGAUCGGACGCAAUCAGCUUGGCCGGGCGGAGCCAUACGAAGAGCCAGAGGAGGAGGUAAAGGAAGAGGAAGAAGAAAAGGAAGAAGGUCCAGUAAUGCCGGAUAUCUCCACUCUCGAAGGGCUCACGUGUACCAAGUUCGGUGGCAUCGUCGAUGCCAAAGGUGCUCUUGUGGGCGAGCUCGUGUCAGGUGAUGCAAAGAAACUCUUCCGCGGUGGGUAUCAGCUUGAUGAUAAAGGCCAGUUCUGGGAUCAACGCGGGAAUAUUAUCGGCAAGGCGCAACCUCUCCCGAUCGAGGAAGAACAGCUCAGCCCUUUCGCUGAUAUGGGUGAUCUAUAUGUGGCCGAGGAUGGGUGGGUUGUGAAUGAGGAUGGUAGACGGGUCGGUCAAAUAGUUGAAGGCGAAGCACGGAAGCUUAUCGGCCGCGCGGUCGACGAGGAUGGUGAUAUCCUGGACCGGCGAGGCAAUCGGCUCGGCCGGGCGGAGCCAUACGAAGAGCCAGAGGAGGAGGAGGAAAAGGAAGAGGAAGAAGAAAAGGAAGAAGGUCCAGUAAUGCCGGAUAUCUCUACUCUCGAAGGGCUCACGUGUACCAAGUACGGUGGCAUUGUUGAUGCUAAAGGUGCUCUCGUGGGCGAGCUUGUAUCAGGUGAUGCGAAGAAAAUCUUCCGCGGUGGGUAUCAGCUUGAUAAUAAAGGCCAGUUCUGGGAUCAACGCGGGAACUUUAUCGGCAAGGCACAACCUCUCCCGAUUGAGGAAGAUAAGCUCGGCCCUUUCGCCGACAUGGGUGAUCUAUAUGUGGCCGAGGAUGGGUGGGUUGUGAAUGAGGAUGGCAAACGGGUUGGUCAAGUUGUUGAAGGUGAAGCACAGAAGCUUAUCGGCCGCGCGGUUGACGAGGAUGGUGAUAUCCUGGACCGGCGAGGCAAUCGGCUCGGCCGGGCGGAGCCAUACGAAGAGCCAGAGAAGGAAGAGGAAGAACCGGAGGAAGAGGAGGAUCUGUCGCUCCUGGCUGGUAAGACAGUGAACAAGCUAGGCAAUGUAGUCGACGAUGCCGGGGUUGUUUUCGGAAGGCUGGUGGCCGGGAAUCCGCGCAAGCUGGCCGGCAAGUCUGUGGAUGAGAAAGGCCAGGUAUGGGAUUCGGCCGGCCGCGUAGUCGGUCAAGCAGAGCUUCUCCCAGCCGCAGAGCGAGACCGGCCUGAAGGACCCUUUUCCGGUCUCGAAGGCUUGGUGAUAGGCAAAGAUGGACUGGUGAUCGAUUCAAAUGGCGAAACUGUCGGUCGUCUGGUUAGUGGGGAUGCAGAGCGUCUCCGUGGGCGUGCCGUUGAUGAAGACGGCGAGGUUCUCGACAAGGCAGGAAAUGCCAUUGGCCAUGCCGAGCCCUGGACCCCCGAAGAGAAAACUCGUGAUAUCAGCCCCAUGGCAGGCCGAAAGGUCAACCGCGAUGGCGAGGUUCGGGACGAAGAUGGCAAUGUGAUUGGCAAGCUGACCCAAGGCGAACUCUCCAAUCUGAUCGGCCGAACGGUUGAUGAAAAUGGCUAUGUUGUUGACAAUGAUGGCAACAAAAUUGGUGAAUGCACUCUUUUGGAGAACAUUCCCCCUGAGCCUGAGCCUGAGCCCGAGCCUGAGCCAGAGCCAGAGCUGUCACCCGAAGAACUUGAACAGCAGGCUCGCGAAGCUCGCGACAGAGAGCUGGCCAAGAAGAUGGCUUCUAUCGUGCAGCAGACUCUGGACUCGAUCGAGCCCCUGUGCAAACAAAUCACUCAGCAUAUCGAGCGAGCAAACAGUACUCCCAAGGAGGAGCUGGAUGAAGAACAGCUAGUAAAACAGGUCAAGCCGCUGAUCGAAGAGGCUAGCAAUAUCCUGCAGGAGUGCAAAGGUGCUCUUCGAGCUUUGGAUCCUGAUGGCCAGAUUGCCGCUACCGCCAAAGCACGCAGUGCAUCUCAGGAAGCCAGCCCUGAGGAGCAUCAUCUGGCCGAGCUACUCAAGGACCUCACUAAACUGGUGACAGAAACAAUCGAGCGGGGAAAGGCUCUGAUAGCGGAUAUGCCUCAUGCAAAGAAAAAGAUCAAUCCGCUGUGGGCUUUGCUCUCUGAGCCCCUGUUCCAGAUCAUUGCCGCAGUAGGUCUUUUGCUGAGCGGUGUACUCGGUCUAGUGGGCAAACUGCUGAAUGGGCUUGGGCUAGGCGGACUCCUUCACGGCUUGCUCGGUGGCUUAGGGGUCGACAAGCUGCUGGAAGGGUUGGGCUUGGGUACGGUGACAGAGAGCCUGGGGCUUGGUGGUAAGAAGAAGUGA